ACCAUUCUAGUAGUAUUCUUCUACUACGAGUAAAAAGUCUGGAGAGAGAGAAAGACUCGUUUACAAAUAAAUAGUCUUAACUUUAUUUCGACAUUGUCCUCUCGUGAGGUAACGAACGUACGUGGCAGUAUAGGACUGGUUUGUAUUUCUGAUAACGAUACAGAAUACAGUUUGGUUGGCCGGAGAAAAAUGGGAAGGACAACGUGGUUCGACGUCGACGGGAUGAAGAGAGGAGAGUGGACGGCGGAGGAAGACCAGAAGCUCGUCGCUUACAUCAACGAGCAUGGCAUCUGUGAUUGGCGCUCUCUCCCCAUAAGAGCUGGUUUGAAGAGAUGUGGAAAGAGCUGCAGAUUAAGGUGGCUUAAUUAUCUAAGGCCUGGGAUUAGAAGAGGCAAGUUUACUCCGCAAGAAGAAGAGGAUAUCAUCAAACUUCAUGCGGCUGUCGGAAACAGGUGGGCAGCCAUAGCGAGGCAGAUGAAGAAUCGAACAGAUAAUGAUAUCAAGAACCACUGGAACUCUUGUCUCAAGAAAAGACUUUCGAGAAAAGGAAUCGACCCGAUGACCCACGAGCCCAUGAUCAAACACCUCACCGUCAGGACCACUAACGAAGACUCUGGCAGCACUUCCACGACAACGUCAGCGUCGACGGAAAGCUAUCCUUCCUCAGGAUCCGCUCGUCUCCUCAAUAAGCUCGCCGAAGGUAUCUCAUCUAGACAACACAGUCUGGAUAGGAUCAAGAACAUCUUGUCGAACCCAAUAGUCAGAAACAGUGAUCAAGUAAACGAGAAAGAAGAAGAAAGAGAGUCAAAUAUGGAUCAGAAGAUUGACGGUGGUGAAGAAGAAGAUAAUAUUCAGAUUUGGGACGAGCAGGAAGUUAGGCGUUUAAUGGAGAUUGAUGUAAUGGACUACGAGAUGACGUCAUACGACUCUGUCGUGUACGAGAGUACUCAUAUACUUGAUCAUCUUUUUUGACUUGAUAUAUAAUGGGUGUAUGUAUAUGUUGUUCUUGUUCGCAACUUAGCAUAUAUAUGCUAACUUGCUAAGAUAGGGUUUGUCGUUGCAACGAAGAAUAUUAAUGUACGUGGACCACUUUGAUGUC